AUGACGAAAAAGAAAGCCAUUCGAGUGGGCCAUCGAGGAGCCGCGAGGAGAGUAACUUCAAAGAUUGAAGAGGAAUUAGAGAAAGAAACAACACAACGCGACGAAAUAGAAAGCCUAUGUGAAACCUUGAAGAAAAAGAGGGAUAUUCUUUCGGAACUUGAUAAUGAAAUAUUAGAGGAGAUUGCAGAGGAAAACAUGGAAGCAGAGAUAGAAGACUCAGAUCGGUAUGUUUUAGAUAUAGAACGAAUUUUGACAAAAAUACGCAAUUCAUCAAGUUCAAAACAGAAAACCAAAUCAAAUGAAACUAGCUCUAAUCAGAACUUAAAUCCAAAUGCAGCAGAUUUUGUUUUUAUCAACUCCACAUCUACAUGUAAUACUCCACAUCCCAUGCAGAAUAAUGGUAUGCAAUACAGAUCGUCAAUGAGCGCAACAAAUUCUAGCAUUUACCACAAGCUACCAAAAUUGAAUCUACCAUAUUUUAAUGGCAAUUUGUUAAAAUGGCAACCUUUCUGGGAUGCGUAUCAAUCAACAAUACACGAUAACCAAACAUUAACAGACGUGCAGAAAUUUACGUAUUUGCAAUAUCAGAUUCAGGGAAUAGCCGCGCAAUGUAUCGCCGGUUUACCACUCACAAGUGCAAAUUACUAUCAAGCCGUUUCAAUACUGAGAGAGAGGUUUGGUCAGAACCACAAAAUCACGAACGCAUAUAUUCAGAAUUUAAUGGAUUUACCCGCACCGAGGUCAAACGCAGACAGUUUGAGAAACUUUUCCGACAGAAUUGAGUGUAGCAUACGCGGAUUAGAAUCGUUAGGAACAAACGAGAGUACAUUUGGAGCCAUUCUUACGCCUAUAAUAUACAAUAAGUUGCCGUCCGAUGUACGAAAAAACAUAACCCGAGACCGCGGAAACGACGACUGGGACAUCGAAUCAUUGAGAACAGCAAUAAAGAGGGAGGUAUGCGUACAGGUCGCAGGACAAUCUACAGGUCAAAGUAAUGAAGAUUUAGAAAUUUUACCGACCGCUUCGUUUAUUGCCGAAACAUUUAAAGGAAAGAACGGAAAACAGUCACGUAAGAAAUGUUUAUUUUGUGAAGAAUCCCACCAUCCAAAUACAUGCAAAAACGUGAAAGAUGUAGAGAAACGAAAAGAAAUUGUGAAGCGAAAAAAGGUAUGUUUUAACUGUUUCGGAAGUCAUAGAGUAGCUGAAUAUUUAGCUAGAAAACUAGAAAUUGAAUCCACCGAAAAGAUUGCACUGAAAAUAUCUGGAUUUGGAGGAAACGAAGGACAAGUUCGUCAUCUUGAUAAAGCAAAUAUAGCUAUUGAGACAGUUGAUAAUCAAAGAAUAGAAAUAGAAGUAAUAAUUGUACCGAAAAUUGCCGCUCCUAUUCAGACAAAAUCACAAAAGGAAAUCAAAGCACUGCCAUACUUACGUGGUUUACGACUCGCACAUCCGAUAUGCGCAGAAGACAAGUUCAACAUAUCUUUAUUGAUCGGCGCAGACUAUUACUGGUCAAUAGUUGAAGACGAAAUAAUAAGAGGAAAUGGACCGACCGCAGUAAAGUCGAAAAUAGGUUAUCUCUUGUCGGGACCCGUACUAACUAAAAACGGAAGUAGUUCAAAACAAUCAGCAAUGUUGAAUAUUUUGACUGAUCACAGAGCCGUUGUUUGCGACUUGGAAAAGUUUUGGAACUUAGAAGCGUUGGGGGUUUCAGGAAGCGAUACCAUUAAAAGUCAGUCUGAAGUUGUACGAGAAUACGGAGAAAAGUCUAUAAUACUAGAAAAUGGAAAGUACACAGCUAAGUUACCAUGGAAACCAGAUUUCCUUCCGCUACCACAUAACAUGGAAUUGGUUAAACAGAGGACAAGUAGCGUUAUUAGACGUUUAGCAAACAAACCUGAUUUAUUAAAAAUGUAUGGAGAUAUCAUAAGGGAGCAGGAGAGGAGACACUUUAUUGAAAAGGUUGAGGAAACAAAACUUCCUACCGAUCGACCCGUGCACUAUAUCCCGCAUCAUCCUGUUUCCAAGGAAUCAUCUACUACGCCAAUACGCAUUGUUUAUGAUUGUAGCUGCAAAGAUGGAAGAGAUAAUCCAAGUCUAAAUGAAUGCUUAGAAUCACACCCACCUGUUAUGAAUGAUAUUACGGGAAUACUUAUGAGAUUUCGCGCUAAGAAAUAUGCUACAACAUCAGAUUUAGAAAAGGCAUUUCUACAAAUACAGCUCGACGAGAAAGACCGAGAUGCAACGAGGUUCUUAUGGCUUAGCGAUCCUACAAACACAUCAAGUCCGCUAAUAACAUAUCGAUUCAAGUCCGUACUCUUCGGAGCUACAUGUUCGCCAUUCAUUUUGAGCGCCACACUUCUCAAGCACUUUAAAGAAAAUCCGGGGAAACUUUCAGAUACGCUUGAACAUGGGUUAUAUGUGGACAACAUUUUAACUAGCUUUGAUAACGAAAAUGACGUAAUAGAUUAUUACAGGAGAUCGAGAGAAUUACUUACGAAAAGCGGAUUCAACCUACGCUCAUGGAAUUCCAACAGUCCAAAAUUACAAGAAAUCGCUAGCAAAGAACAAACCUUAGACAAAGAUGAGCUCACUAAAAUUCUUGGUAUGCAAUGGAACGCUAAAUCGGACAAGUUGUUUUACCAAAGUAACCCGUUCGAGAUGGACAAAAAAGGAAAACUUACUAAACGAUAUAUUUUACGACAAUCAUCCAAGAUUUUCGAUCCGUUAGGACUAUUAAGCCCAGUUACUGUAAAGGCGAAAAUCUUUAUGCAAUCAUUUUGGAAGCUAAAUUUGGAGUGGGACGAAAUAUUAACGGAAGAUAUCCAAUCAAAAUGGAUAUUAAUUUCACGAGAUCUAGCAUCGAACUUAGAAACAGAGAUUCAUCGAAGUACUCAAACACAGAACGAGAAUAACAGAAAUUUACCAACUCUUCAUGUAUUUACUGAUGCUUCAACUCAUGCGUACGGCGCAUGCACGUACAUCAUGUAUGACAGAAAACCAACAAUAGUAAUGGCAAAGAAUCGAGUUGCGCCUAUCAAGACUAUAACUUUACCCAAACUAGAGCUCAUGGGGGCUGUUAUUGGAGCAAGACUUGUUGAUCAUAUCUGCAAAAACUUUCAAGAAACUUUCAGUGAAAUACAAUUUUGGAGUGAUAGUCAAAUCGUACUUAGUUGGCUUUCAUCCGUAAAACCACAGAGACAAUUUAUUAAAAAUAGAAUUGAAGAAAUUACAAGUUUGUGUGGAGAUAAUGUAUGGAGAUACUGCCCUACAAAAGACAACCCCGCAGAUCUGCUUACACGUGGUAUAACAUCUGAAGAACUGCAACAGAAUGAAAUGUGGUUUAGUGGACCUAAAUGGUUAAACAGCAAAGAAGAUUGGCCGACAUGGAACAGAAACAAUGUAACGUCUAGUGUAUGUACAACAAUGUCGGAGAACGAUGACAAAAUUAAAACUAUGGAGAAUAAUCAAAAUGUACGUAUUGGUAUAGGAAAAAUCAUAGAUAUUGAACGGUACAAUUCUUAUAGAAAACUAACCCGCAUAACCGCAUAUGUAAUGAGAUUCGCAACAAACUGCAAAGCAACAGAAACUGAACGAAAGAAAGAUGUGUUACGUAGUGAUGAAAUUAAAAAUGCAAAAUUCCUAUGGAUAAGAUAUACACAAGGUAAAACAUUUAGUGACGAAAUAAAUUGUAUAGAUAAUUUUACAAAACGUAAAACACUUGUGCGACAAUUAAAGCUCUUUCUAGACAAAAAGCAAUGUUCACGAUGUGGUGGCCGCCGAAUAGACAAUGCGACAGUAGGAGAAACAGUCAAGUUUCCAUAUCUGUUACCGGCAAAGGACCGUCUCACACAUUUGAUAGUGUUAGAAGCACAUGAGAAUACACUACAUUCAGGAAUAAAUAUCACUCUAGCAUACAUACAACAAACAUUUUGGAUUCCGAAAUUAAGACAGUGCGUCAAAUCUAUAUUGAUGAAAUGUGUAACGUGCCGAAAAGUAAUCGGAAAAUCUUAUCCCGCACCAGAAAUUCCACCAUUACCAAAAGAGAGAGUUCAAGAUGCCACACCCUUUAGCAUAACCGGUGUAGACUUCACAGGUGCGCUAACGACAAGAAACAGACACAACGAAGAAUCGAAGGUUUACAUUUGCCUAUUUACAUGUGCUGUCACUCGAGCCGUACAUUUGGAAUUAGUUUACGAUCUCAGCGAAGAAUCUUUUUUAUUGUGUUUCCGGAGAUUUGUAAGUCGACGAUCAGUGCCGAAAAUAAUGAUGUCAGAUAAUGCGCUAACAUUUAAAGCUGCUUCAAACGAAAUUUCACGACUUUGCAAUUCUAGAAAAGUUAAAGAAAAUAUUCAGAAUUAUGGCAUUGAAUGGAAGUUCAUCCCAAAUAGAGCUCCAUGGUUCGGAGGCAUGUGGGAAAGAAUGAUUGGCUUAACAAAAAUAUCACUUAAGAAAGUAUUAGGACGUGCACAUGUCAACAAUGAGACUCUAAGGACUGUAUUAACAGAGAUCGAAGCUACACUCAACGAUCGACCAGUGACGUAUAUUUCAACAGAUAUCAGAGAUCCGGAGCCGCUUACACCAUCCCAUCUUAUACAUGGACGAAGGAUAACAACUGUACCGUAUGGAUCGUCAAAAAGUGCUAUUGACAAUCUAAAUAUUUGUGAAUUAACACACACAAACUUGAACAAUCAAGCGAUACGACAGAGACAAUUGAUUGAGAACUUCUGGACAAGAUGGAAAGGAGAAUACCUUACUUCAUUGCGAGAAUAUCACCAAAGAGCUGGAGUCGACGUUCGGAAGAUCAAAGAAGGCGAUGUCGUUCAGAUACACGACGAAUCAAAGCGCGUACAUUGGAAACUUGGAGUUGUGCAGGACACUAUGAAAGGCAAGGACGGCUUAGUACGCGUAGCUAUGGUGCGUACCAAAUCAGGAAUUACAAAUCGACCCGUGACGAAACUCUACCCAUUAGAAGUCAACAGCAUGGACUGUUAUUUAAGACGAAGUGAACGAAGAAACUAA